AUAGAAAACAAAGUAUUUUGGACCUUUCACUUUGAAAGCGGAGCUCUCGAGGCGACAUGACAAUGCACAGAGUCACAGCAGUCAUCCUCAUGAUUGUGAUCUCCAGUGCUACUGCAGCACAAUGGGCCAAAAUCUGCUCCGGUCAACCCUCAAACAAAAUCAGAGGCUGUGACUCCCAUGGCUGUGGUGGAUACAAUUACCCCAGAGGGGCAAGGAAGCACAAGGGAGUGGAUGUGGUGUGUGAGGACGGCUCGGUGGUGUACGCACCCUUCACAGGGAACAUUGACAAACGAGCCAGGCCCUAUGGAAACAACAAUGCCAUCGACAACGGAGUUCAGCUGUCAGGAUCAGGAUUCUGCAUUAAGAUGUUUUACAUCAAACCCAUCAAGGUCAGCGGCCUGAUCAGGAAGGGGGAGAAAAUUGGCGUCCUGCUGCCCAUGCAGAAGGUCUACCGAGGAAUUAUAUCCCAUGUCCACAUCCAGAACUGUGACUCAACAGAUCCUACUCCCAACCUGUAAACAGGAGGCUGCGUAUCACGGGCAAAGCCUUCAGCCCCCCAUUUGUACUCAUUAAAUUGCUUGGGCAGAGGUAACCACUCUAGUAAAGUGGAAGCUACUGAGUCUCAAAUGGAUGUUCCACCUAAAAAGUAUGCAUGAGCAAAAUGCUGGUGGUCAUCUGAACAUAAAUAGGCUCAGAGUAAGGUAUAACACAUGCUUUAACACUGUUAUCAUAUAUUGCAUGUCACGGACCUCACAGGUGAAGGCUGAAGCAGUGGGGAACGGGGUGGCUGGGAGGUCGUGGACCCUCGAUGCUCAGCUGCAGCUCCCUCCUCUUGGACUUCCCUUCUCCCUUUGCAGCCAAACAUGAAGAUUUCUUCAAUAAGCCAGAAAUAUCACUUGUACUUGCAUAUGGAAAAUCACAUUAUUAAAGGGCUGCUUCACUACAAA